AUGACGUCCAACAAAAAAUCAAGGCUUCCCCCAUAUCAACUGGGCGAGCAUGUCAGCCCUUCAGUGCAUUUGAACUGCGUUCUGCUGACAACUACAGUGGUCAACUUCCUGGAUCUCCUCCAACUUUCCUUUGUACUCUUUGCCCUUCCUAAUAUCCAGCAGGCUCUCGGAUUCACGAGUGAAGAUAUCAAUUGGGUUUUGAUUGUGUACAACAUCACCUUUGCAGCGUUCCUUCUGAUUGCUGGACAACUGGGACAGAGGUUCGGGCUGGAAAAGAUAUUUAUUGCUGGCACAGCUACUCUCACCAUAUCCAACGUUAUCAACACGACAGCACCAAACAAAGCUGCCUUGCUCGCCGGUCGUGCUAUUUCCGGAGUCGGGGCUGGGUUGACUGCCCCCAAUGGACUCGCAAUCCUAAGCAAUACAUUCCCAGAUGGGGACUCCCGCAACAAAGCAUUGGCCAUUUACACUGCAUGUGGCCCUCUUGGGUCGACCAUCGGUACUGUCGUCGGUUCUCUUCUGGCAUUCUACGGCCUCAACGACAGCUCGCGCAGCGGUUGGACAUCCGCUGCAGUACUGACCGGGAUUAUCCUGGGAAGGGAGCUUCAGUACGUGGUUCUUCAUCUCCACACAACUCUGUGUCAAUCUCCUGGGUUACUCUACAAUCCUAACUGCCGUGUAUUUUCUGGGGAGAAGAAUAUCCUCGUGGCCGGGCUAGCCAUCACCGCCGCUGGUGCCGUCGCAUGGGCAUUUGCUACCCCGGGUCGGGCCGGCGGUACCAGCCACGGGGAAGGAUACUGGUAUUCCAUCGUUGCAGCCAUCAUCUUUGUAAUCGGCAGCCCCGUCGCUCUUGUGCCGACUCAAAGCAUUCUCCUCCGCCAGGUCGAAGCGGGUAAUCAUGCGGUUGCGGGUGCGCUGUUCAAUACCGCCUACCAGGUGGGUGCGAGCGUCAUUUUGGCUGGGGCGAAUGCUUUGAUGAAUAGGAGCCGCGAGAAUGUACAAGGGGUGAGGCAGGUUACCAUAGACGGGUACUUGAACGCCUUUUGGUUGAUAGCUGGUAUGCUUGGGGCUGCGGCGUUGACUGUUAUGGUUUGCUAUUGGCCUGGGAAAGAUGGUCUGGUAGAGAAGCAGAUGGAAGAGGCCUACGCAGCGGAGCCUCUUGCAGUGGACAAAGUGGAAAAGAUCAAAGAUGCAACUGCGAGUGCCGGGAGUAUCGCAGAAACAAGGUGA